AUGGACCUGCCCGAGAAACAGUCCAUGAUCGAGGACCUAACACACCAGGUGCGCCAGCGAGAGGCCGACUUGCGCGCGCUCCAACAAGAGCACGACGAUUACGUCGCUUCCAGCUGUGACAUUGAGCGCGAGUUAGAGGCAGAAGUGCUUCGUCUUGAAUCCAUGAACACAAAGCUUGUCGAGCAAAUACGUCGAGGGACUCUGGACGUCGAAGCAGCUCGAGCAGUCGCCGACAGUGCCAGCAAAGACUUGUCCAAGCUUCACAUCGUUGUGGCCGAGCUCAUGAAGGCAAAUGCAGAGCUCAAGAGCGACGUUCAACGACUCGAGCAACGCAACGACGACUUAGAACGACGGGAGCGUGAAUUGCAGGCGUCCAUCGAAGACCUGGAGCACCACCUGGACGUAAGCGUCGAACAGGCCGUGUUUCUCCGACAAGAGAACGACGAACUGAUCGUGCGGCUCCGAGAGGAUCCCAGUCGAGGUCUGGUUGUCGUCACCGGAAGCGGGGCGUCUGUAAAUCCUUUGUCGACCGACGUUCAACUCAAGUACGGCACCGACGCCAUCAAAUCGUCAGCAGCGUCGCCACCGAUGUCGCCACCAUCCAGGCAGCGCAGCUCGCUCUACGUGACGACGCCUACCGCCUCCACUUGCGGCCCUCACUGUUCCGUCAUGUAA